AUGCCCUAUUCAGAUAUUACGUACCGUGGUUUAGAACCGGGUCAUGACGAAGCAAAUCGACCAUUGGCUAUAAUUUUCGACAUGAGUGAUUCUAAAAUAACACCUCUCUCUGCCCGUGAAUAUUGUGGCUUUAUUCACGCUGUUGGCUCUCGGAGGGGAGGGGAGGGGAGGGAGGUGAGGGGUAUUGCUGGAAAUGCAGGUGCUGGUAGUGGUGGAAAUGCAGGUGGUGAUGGUGGUGGAAAUGGUGGUGCUAGUGGUGGGUAUUGUGGUGGUUGUGAUGGAAAUGCAGGUGACAGUGUUGGAAAUGCAGGUGACAUUGGUGGAAAUGCAGGUGACAUUGGUGGAAAUUCAGGUGGUGGCAGUGAUGGAAAUGGUGGUGGUAAUGGUGGAAAUGCAGGUGAUCAUGGUGGAAAUCCAGGUGGUGGCAGUGAUGGAAAUGCAAGUGGUGGAAAUGCAGGUGUUGAUAAUGAUGGAAAUGCAGGUGGUAUCAGUGGUGGAAAUUGUGGUAUUAGUAGUGGAAAUGCAGGUGUGAUAAUGCUGGAAAAACGGAGGUGGUAA